AUGCAGGCUGCCCCCAAAGGCAAGGCCGACCACCAGGGCCGGAGGACCAAGCUCGCACACUCCUACCAGGAGCUGCUCAACGAAUUUUCGAGCAACGACCUCAAAUCGGUCGGAAACUAUACCCUCGGGCGAUUAAUUGGCAAGGGAUCUUUCGGAAAGGUCUACCUAGCCACGCACAAGCUCACCAAUGGCUCCAAGGUUGUUCUCAAGUCGGCCAACAAGAGCGACUCGAAUCUCGCCCGCGAAAUCCACCAUCACCGACAAUUCGUGCACCCCCAUAUUGCCCGGCUGUACGAAGUCAUUGUAACAGAGAGCCUUGUGUGGCUUGUUCUAGAAUACUGCUCCGGCGAUGAGUUGUACAACUACCUUUUAGACCAUGGUCCGCUCCCCGUCGAUAAAGUGCAAAAGAUCUUUGCGCAGCUGGUCGGCGCCGUCAGCUAUGUGCACCUGCAAUCUUGCGUGCACCGCGAUCUCAAACUCGAAAAUAUACUCUUUGACAAGCACGAAAAUGUCAAGCUGGUGGAUUUUGGAUUUACGCGAGAAUACGAGGGCCGGGUGAACCACCUGCAGACCUUUUGCGGUACGAUAUGCUACUCUGCGCCUGAAAUGCUCAAGGGCGAAAAGUAUGCUGGUGAAAAGGUCGAUGUUUGGAGCCUAGGCAUCAUUCUCUAUUCACUGCUCUGUGGCGAAUUGCCAUUUGACGACGACGAUGACAACAUUACGCGAUCACGGAUUCUGGGCCAAGAGCCCAAGUACCCAGACCACUUGCCGCCCGAUGCGGUGUCGCUGAUUAAAGCGCUUUUGUCAAAGCGGCCGAUCUUGCGACCCAGCUUACCAGAGAUUCUGGCUCACCCUUUUCUAGCUGACCAUGCUGCAGCUCAGCAAGCGAUCCUUGAGAUCAAGCCACAGCCUCCGUUUGCCUCGCAUUUGGAAAAGGAUUGUCUACAUCGCAUGAGGAGUGCCGGCGUGGAUAUCGAUGCAGUGAUAGAAAGCGUACUUGCGCAACGAUGCGAUGCGCUGACUGGCUGGUGGAUAUUGCUGCUGGAAAAGGAGGAGCGUAAAAUGAAGCGACGCGAAAAGAAACGCCGCGAGAAGGAGACGGAACGAAGUCUACGCCGUCUAUCGGCCGCCUCAAGCCGUCUUGAGCGUCUGGCGCCGACAUUGCAGGAUGUAGAUGAAGACGGAGGUCUCACCUCACAAUUCAUCCGACUCGGGGAUACACCUUCACAGCGUCGCGGACGCAGCGACCGCCGAAGCGCAGGAUACUACGACAUUACGAUAACGGACCUUCCCGAGCUGACUGAAGUAGCGAGGGAGAAUGGCUCGGCGAGUGGAGGCGAGUCCCCACGGCCAGCUGAUGAGCAGUCCAUACGUAGAGCGCAGCCCAGCCCCGGGGCGAUGAGCAAUGGCAAGGCCAACGGGCCGUUCAAGUUGAAGAAGAAGCCCGGCAUCAUGGCUCACUGGAAGCACUGGACGCACUGGUUCAAGGAGAACGCCAAGGUCCGACGCAAGGGUCAUGAGCGUCAUGCGAGUAGGAGCACGCCAGACCUUCACAACAAGGAGAGCAAGAGCACGGACAAGGACGCGAGCCCUCGUCCACAAACGAGCAAGUAUCCAAACUCUUCAAAUAGCCCGGGCAUCCGUGGCACGGCGCCGCUGCCCAAGGGCGUGGUGGCUAACGGCCACUAUGCCAAGGCAGCUUCACCGGCACCACGCCGAGUGCUCUCUAGGAGCAGCACCACGAGCAGUGUGACGGCAUCGCAGCCACAUCGACCGCGAGUCUCGAGCAGUUCGCAAGCGUACAAAAGACAGUCCCUCUCGCCAGCGCCAAUGACGCCUCGGUCGACUGUGCGACGCUCCUCUGCUGGUCUGCGCGGCCGCAAGUCCACGUCUUCGUCCGUCUCCUCCGUCCGCUCGCUACAUCACCAUCACCACACGCACUCGAAAGCGUCAUCCACCAGCUCAACAGGAUCAGUCUCCACGUCCAAGGCACCUCUGGGUCGAACGCACUCGCCGCAUCAUUCCGUCAAGGUCUUGCCCGCCACACCGACCUCGCACGGAUUCCCGUCCAACAUUCGCCUUGUUCGAGGCUCUCCCGGGCCGCCGCCUCCGCUGCAGAUGUACAAUGAGGGCAUGCCGGGCGGUAGUCGCGCUCCCGGCUCCCCCAACCCGUUUGCGGGCGGCGUGCAGUUUGCCAAGCGCAAGAAGAACCUCUUCAAGGGGCCUAGCCUGAACCUGCCCACGAUCUCGUCAUCGCGAAAUUCGAGCUCGGGCUCGCAUUCGCGCAGCGGCAGCGGCUCCAACCUGAGGCGGUCGACCGAGGUGGCGAUUCCCGGCAUCCAGGAGGAAGAUGAGGACCACGUGCCGGAGGAGGAGGAGAUUGAAGAGGUUGAGAUGUUUAACCCGAUUGUGGGCGGGCCGGGUGAGAUUGUGGAAGAGCAGAUUAUCGAAGACGAGGAGAUGCCGUCGGCGCUGGAUCUCAACGACACGCGUGGGCGUGCGAGCCAAGAAAACGGUGCGGCUGCGGGGGUUAAAUAA